GCAAAACAACACGGAGGGGGAGUGAACUUAUAGAUAGCAGUCAUAUUUUAUAGAAACAUUAUAAUAUUUUCUCCUAAUUGUGAGCAGUUUCAGUUCAGCCGAAAGCUGACUGGUAUCCUUCCAGCAGUUCAGUAGAUGUCCACCCCCUCAGACACGUCAGGUGGUAUGUCCCAUCCUGGCCCUUCUCCGGGGGCAGGUCUUUCCCCAGGGCCCAUCUUGGGCCCCAGUCCUGGACCAGACCCCUCACCAGGCUCUGUUCACAGUAUGAUGGGACCAAGUCCUGGACCUGGAACACCCAAUGCACCUCAUGGCAUGCAGGGACAGGGACAAAGUGAUUACUCUCAGGACAGCAUGUAUCCUAUGCACAAGCCCAUGGAGGGAAUGAAUGACAAGACAAUGGCAGACGCAAUGCACUUUGGUCACAUGAAAGGUGUGGGGAUGAGAUCUCUGCAUAGUGGGAUGGGGCCUCCACAGAGUCCCAUGGACCAGCACAGCCAAGGAUAUAUGUCUCCUCAUCCAUCCCCCAUGGGUGUCCACGAGCAUGCUUCUAGCCCCAUGUCAGGAGGUGGAGGAGGCGGGGGACCCACACCGCCUCACAUGCCUCCCUCACAGUCGGGCCCUAUGAUGCCCAUGGAUCCCCAAGGAGGUAUGCCCAACAUGCCCAGCAUGUCCAGCAUGCCUAACAUGUCCAACAUGGGCCAGCAGGGCCGGGGACCUUCUGCUUUCAGCCCUGUCCAGCUGCAGCAGCUCAGAGCUCAGAUCCUGGCCUACAAGAUCCUGGGUCGCGGGCAACCCCUGCCUGAAAACCUCCAACUGGCUGUUCAGGGCAAGAGGAGCUUACCCACAAUGCAACAACAGCAACAGCAGCAGCAGCAGCAGCAACAGCAGCAACAACAACAACAGCAGCAGCAGCAGCAGCAACAGCAACAGCAGCAGCCGCCAGCACCUAGUGCUAGUCCUUACAACAGGCCUCCAGGUAUGGGAAUGGCACCUAUGGGUGGACCUCAAUCAAGUCCCUGCCCGACCCCAGCCAUGCAGGGACACAAUCAAAGCACAGGACCCAAACCCUGGUCUGAUGGUCAGGGUGGUGAAAAUCAAGCCAGUGCUCAGAAGCACCUCACCCCUGCAUCCAGCGGACGCCCAUCCCCUGCACCACCUCAGGCCACUGCUGUGCCAGCUGGGCCCAUGCCAGGUGGUUCAGUGACCCCUCAGCCUCCUGGACAGCAGGUGUCCCCCAUGCUCCAGAUGCAGCAGAAGCAGAACCGUGUCACGCCAAUCCAGAAGCCCCAGGGCCUGGACCCAGUGGGGAUCCUGCAGGAGAGAGAGUACAGAUUGCAGGCCCGGAUCGCACAUCGGAUCCAGGAACUGGAGAGUCUGCCGGGCUCCCUGCCUCCUGACCUGAGGACUAAAGCCACAGUGGAGCUCAAGGCGCUGCGUCUACUCAACUUUCAGCGGCAGCUGAGGCAGGACGUGGUGGCAUGCAUGAGGCGAGACACGACCCUGGAGACGGCCCUCAACUCAAAGGCUUACAGGCGCAGCAAGCGGCAGACGCUGAGGGAGGCGCGCAUGACUGAGAAGCUGGAGAAGCAGCAGAAGCUCGAGCAGGAAAAGAAGCGCAGGCAGAAACAUCAGGAAUAUCUCAACAGCAUCCUUCAGCAUGCUAAGGAUUUCAAAGAGUAUCACCGCUCAGUGUCCGGUAAAAUUCAGAAGAUCACCAGAGCGAUCGCCAACUGGCACACCAACACAGAGCGGGAACAGAAGAAGGAGACUGAGAGAAUCGAGAAGGAGAGGAUGAGGAGACUUAUGGCAGAAGAUGAAGAAGGCUACCGAAAACUGAUCGAUCAAAAGAAAGACAAGCGUCUGGCCUACUUGCUGCAGCAGACGGAUGAAUAUGUGGCCAACCUCACCACCCUGGUGUAUGAACACAAAGCUGCCCAAGCUGCCAAGGAGAAGAAGAGGAAGAGGAAGAGAAAGAAGAAGUUGGAUGGAGAUGGCGAAGGCACCAGCGCCAUUGGACCUGAUGGAGAGCCUAUGGACGAGAGCAGCCAAAUGAGCGAACUGCCGGUCAAAGUGAUUCAGACGGAGACUGGGAAAGUGUUGCAGGGAACGGAUGCUCCCAAAUCCAGCCAGCUGGAGGCUUGGCUCGAGAUGAACCCUGGGUAUGAAGUGGCCCCGCGGUCAGACAGCGAGGAGAGUGGCUCCGAGUUUGAGGAGGAGGAGGAAGAGGAGGUGGCCAAGGCAGAGACAGAGGAGAAGACGAUAAUCGACGCCAAUGGAGACAAAGUGACUGUGAAAGCUGCCAAGCACAUCAUCGAGUCGGCCAAACAGGAUGUGGACGAUGAGUACAGUGUUCCUACAGGACAAACCAGCUCCCAGUCUUACUAUGGCGUGGCCCAUGCUGUCAUUGAGAGGGUGGAGAAGCAGUCGUCACUGCUGAUCAAUGGGAUGCUCAAACAGUACCAGAUCCAGGGGCUGGAGUGGAUGGUGUCCCUGUACAACAACAAUCUAAACGGCAUCCUGGCUGAUGAGAUGGGCCUCGGCAAAACCAUCCAAACCAUCGCCCUUAUCACCUACCUGAUGGAGCACAAGAGGCUCAACGGUCCCUAUCUCAUCAUCGUUCCUCUCUCGACUUUAUCUAACUGGGUCUAUGAACUUGACAAGUGGGCACCCUCUGUGGUCAAGAUUGCUUACAAGGGCACCCCUGCUUUGCGCCGUGGGCUUGUUCCUCAGCUCCGCAGCGGGAAAUUCAAUGUCUUGCUGACCACCUAUGAAUACAUCAUCAAGGACAAGCACAUACUGGCCAAGAUACGUUGGAAGUACAUGAUUGUGGACGAGGGUCACCGCAUGAAGAACCACCAUUGUAAGUUGACCCAGGUGUUGAACACCCACUAUGUGGCUCCCCGUCGCCUCCUCCUCACCGGUACACCGCUGCAGAACAAGCUGCCUGAGCUGUGGGCCUUGCUCAACUUCCUCCUGCCCACCAUCUUCAAGAGCUGCAGCACCUUCGAGCAGUGGUUCAACGCGCCAUUCGCCAUGACGGGAGAGAGGGUUGACCUAAAUGAGGAGGAGACCAUCUUGAUUAUUCGCCGUUUGCAUAAGGUGCUCCGCCCCUUCCUGCUGCGCAGACUGAAGAAAGAGGUGGAGUCUCAGCUGCCAGAGAAGGUGGAGUAUGUCAUAAAGUGUGACAUGUCUGCCAUACAGAAGGUUCUGUACCGCCACAUGCAGAAAGGAAUCCUCCUCACCGAUGGCUCAGAGAAAGACAAGAAGGGCAAAGGAGGUGCGAAGACCCUGAUGAACACCAUCAUGCAGCUGAAGAAGAUCUGCAACCAUCCAUACAUGUUCCAGCACAUUGAGGAAUCUUUUGCCGAGCACCUGGGCUAUCCAAACGGUAUAAUCAACGGGCACGACCUGUACCGAGCGUCUGGGAAGUUUGAGCUCCUUGAUCGCAUCCUACCGAAGCUCCAGGCCACCAACCACAGAGUCCUGCUGUUCUGCCAGAUGACCUCUCUCAUGACGAUCAUGGAGGACUACUUCAGCUACCGCAACUUUCAGUAUUUACGUCUUGAUGGAACUACCAAGUCUGAGGACCGAGCGGCACUGCUGAAGAAAUUUAAUGAGGAAGGAUCUCAGUACUUCAUCUUCCUGCUCAGCACAAGAGCCGGUGGCCUCGGCCUCAACCUGCAGGCUGCUGACACUGUCGUCAUCUUUGACAGUGACUGGAACCCCCACCAGGACCUGCAGGCUCAGGACCGGGCUCACCGCAUUGGUCAGCAGAAUGAGGUGCGUGUGCUUCGUCUCUGCACCGUCAACAGUGUCGAGGAGAAAAUCCUGGCGGCUGCCAAGUACAAGUUGAACGUGGACCAGAAGGUCAUCCAGGCAGGCAUGUUUGACCAGAAGUCCUCGAGCCAUGAGCGCCGUGCCUUCCUCCAGGCCAUCUUAGAGCACGAGGAGCAGAAUGAGGAGGAAGAUGAGGUACCAGAUGACGAAACCCUUAACCAGAUGAUAGCCCGCAAUGAAGAUGAAUUCGAGCUCUUCAUGCGCAUGGACAUGGACCGACGCCGAGAGGACGCCCGAAACCCGAAGCGUAAGCCUCGUCUAAUGGAGGAGGACGAGCUGCCCUCUUGGAUCAUCAAGGACGAUGCUGAGGUGGAACGGCUCACGUACGAAGAGGAGGAGGAGAAGAUGUUUGGCCGGGGGUCACGCUGUCGUCGGGACGUGGACUACAGUGACACGCUGACUGAAAAGCAGUGGCUACGGGCCAUCGAGGACGGAAACCUGGAGGAGAUGGAGGAGGAGAUCCGGCUGAAAAAGCGCAAACGCAAGAGACGUCAGGACAAGGAGUCGUCAAGCAGGGACGACGGAGGCGGAAAGGCCAAGAAGCGCCGUGGACGUCCACCAGCGGAGAAACUCUCCCCCAACCCCCCGAGACUCACCAAGCAGAUGAACACCAUCAUCGAUACAGUGAUCAACUACAGAGAUGGGUCAGGAAGACAACUCAGCGAGGUCUUUGUCCAGCUGCCAUCCAGGAAGGAGCUCCCGGAGUACUAUGAGCUGAUCAGAAAACCUGUGGACUUCAAAAAGAUCAAGGAACGUGUUAGAAACCAUAAAUACAGGAGUGUGGGAGACCUGGAGAAGGAUGUGAUGCUGCUCUGUCACAAUGCCCAGACCUUCAACCUGGAGGGAUCGCAGAUAUAUGAGGACUCCAUUGUCCUUCAGUCUGUGUUCAAGAGUGCCAGGCAGAAGAUUGCCAAGGACGAGGACAGUGACGAUGACAGCGAUGAGGAUGAUGAUGACGAGGACGAGUCAGAGGCCGAGGCCAAGUCGGUGCGGGUGAAGAUCAAGCUGAGUAAGGAGGGGCGGAGCCACGACAAAGGCAAGAAGAGGCAAAGCCGAGGGAAGGCCAAGCCGGUGGUCAGCGACGAUGACAGCGACGAGGACCAGGAUGAUAUUGAUCAGUCAGACAAGAGCAAGAGCGAUGAUGAGUGAGAAGGGGAUGCGAGGAUGUGAGGAUAUUGUUUAUAGCACUUAUAAACAAAAGGACAAUAUCUUCCAUUACUGUCGUUCAUGUGCAUAUUCUGUUUUGGUUUUUUUUUUACUUCAUUUGUCCUCUUUGUCCGUAUUGUAUACUGUCGUCACUUCUCCCACCAGCUUGGAAAUGUAUUACUAAUAAUCGAUAAGCUACAGCAAUACCAAUCAGCUUCUAUUCCUGUUUUUAAGACAGUUUUGUAGUAUAUUUUUUAACUUUGUGCUUUAACUAAGAUUUAAAUUCUGUAUGAAAAAAGGAAAGGAAAAAAAAAAAGAUUUGGUCAUGCUACAUGCGCUUUUGCUCUAUUUGUACUCGCUUGCUUGCACUUUCAGGAAAUGGAAUCUUACUAUUCAAGUUUUAAAAAUGUGUAAUAAAAACAAAAAAAUAUAAAUAUAUAUGUAGCCAAGGACGUCCAAGGCAUUUUUGGAGAGCCACUGGUGAUU